AUCACAUCACUGAUUUUCACCCUUUCAAUCGAGUCCUCCAAUGACAAAUGUGAAACACCUCUUGUGGUAGUCGACCACUACUCUAAUGGUAAUGAGUGGGCGGGGUUGUUUGUCUCCGUGUCCCCUCCUCCAUCCAAACGAGUUAAACAGCACAACCCCCGAGUUUAAAUUCCUCCUCCUCACCUGUAAAGAGAGACGCAAACUUUGCAGAUCACCGUGUGUCGACGCAGCGUUUGUUUUGUUUUUUCUACACAAUUUACACAUUUGGAAACCUCUGAAGGAAACUGGUUUAUCUCGGAUCACUGCUUCAUGCGCCCCUGCAGGGUAUACAAGGCUGUGUGUGACCUCUCCCCCUCUCCCCUGUGCUCUCUGAACCCCAGGUGAUCUUCUACCCCUCCCCUUCUCUCCCUGAGGCCAGACUGUGAUCCAUGGCGCUGGAGAAGCUUCUGGGUUUCGGGAAGCAGUUGCUGAGGGUGAAGGUGGUGAACUGCAACACAGAGGAGUCCCAUCUGUCCCGAUGCCUCAACACUUUUGACUUGGUGGCCCUUGGCGUGGGCAGCACACUGGGCGCUGGCGUCUACGUGCUAGCCGGUGCUGUUGCACGAGAGAAUUCAGGUCCUGCUAUUGUGCUGUGUUUCCUCAUAGCCGCCUUAGCCUCAGUGUUGGCAGGUCUGUGCUAUGCCGAGUUUGGAGCCCGUGUUCCUAAGACAGGCUCAGCUUAUCUUUACUCCUAUGUGACCGUAGGGGAACUCUGGGCCUUCAUCACCGGAUGGAACCUCAUCCUCUCCUACAUCAUUGGUACCUCCAGUGUGGCCCGUGCAUGGAGCGCUACCUUCGAUGAGUUGUUAGGGAAGCGCAUAGAGUAUUUCUGCAGAGAAUACAUGUCCAUGAAAGCACCGGGUAUACUGUCAGAGUACCCUGACGUGUUUGCUGUCUGCAUCAUAUUCACCCUCACAGGCUUGCUGGCAUUUGGGGUCAAAGAGUCAGCGAUGGUGAACAAGAUUUUUACCUGCAUCAACGUCCUGGUCUUGUUGUUCAUGGUGGUCUCUGGUCUGGUCAAAGGCUCUUUAAAGAACUGGCAGCUAGACCCUGAAGAGAUUCUACACACCAAUUAUACCAGUAACUCCAGCCUCAAUCUGACAGACAUCCUGCCAACCAAAGAGCGCUUAGGAGCGGGCGGCUUCAUGCCGUUUGGUUUCACGGGUGUCCUGUCAGGAGCCGCCACCUGCUUUUAUGCCUUUGUCGGAUUUGACUGCAUUGCCACCACAGGUGAAGAGGUGAAGAAUCCCCAGAGAGCCAUCCCUAUCGGCAUCGUGUCGUCGCUGCUCAUCUGUUUUGUGGCAUACUUUGGUGUUUCUGCAGCCCUCACCCUCAUGAUGCCAUACUACCUGCUGGACAGCAACAGCCCUCUGCCUGUCGCUUUUAAAUAUGUAGGCUGGGAAGGAGCCAAAUACGCUGUAGCUGUAGGCUCUCUUUGUGCUCUGUCUACGAGUCUGUUGGGUUCCAUGUUCCCCCUACCACGUAUCAUCUUUGCCAUGGCUCGGGACGGCCUGCUCUUCUCCUUCCUGUCCCACGUCAGCGAGAGGAAAUCCCCUGUAGCGUCCACUGUGACCGCUGGGGUGAUGUCUGCUAUCAUGGCAUUGCUGUUUGACCUGAAGGACCUGGUGGACCUGAUGUCAAUAGGGACACUGCUGGCCUACACAUUGGUCGCUGCCUGUGUUCUGGUACUCAGGUACCAGCCUGAGCUGCCCAGUCUGUCGUAUCAGAUGGCGAAUACCCAGGAGGAGGUGGAACUGAGCGACAGCAUAAGUGCCCCCAGUAUGGGGAUCUUGCCCGGUAUAGAAGAGAGACUCAGCUUCAAGACCGUCAUGUUCCCAGACAAUCCUGAGCCAUCCACACUGUCCGGCUUCACAGUCAACAUCUGUGCCUCUGUCAUGGGAACGUUGAUCCUGCUGUUCAGUGUACUGGCGGUGCAGGGAGGGAUUGCUUUGUGGAACAUCAUAGCCCUCAGUGUCAUCUUCAUGGCGUGUCUCCUCCUCACCUUCAUCAUCUGGAGACAACCUGAGAGCAAGACUAAACUUUCCUUCAAGGUUCCACUGCUUCCCUUCGUUCCUGUGAUCAGCAUGUUUGUCAAUGUUUACCUGAUGAUGCAGCUGGACAAAGGCACUUGGAUACGAUUUUGUAUUUGGAUGGUAAUAGGUUUAGUGAUCUACUUUGGGUAUGGCAUUCAUCACAGCGCUGAGGCAGCCGCGGCCCGCUCGUCUCCAGACACAGUGAUGAAUGGCUUUAAACGCGACCACGAAUUGGAGGACAUGUCACCAGAAAAGGAGGCCUUCCUGCCCUACGACAUCGACGCCAGGGAAGAGGACGAUGGAGAUUUGUAGGAAGCAUUAGAACAUGCUGCGUACAUUUCAACCUGCCCUGACGCCAGUCUGUCUGAGUUUUUUUUAGAUUGGACAACAUCUAGGCAAUCACUGGCAGUACUCCCUUUUGGGGAAAGUAAUGAUAAAUAACUUUGACCUCAAAUUCACAAAUCUGUGACUUUCCCCCUUGACUGAUGGGUAGAACAACAAGAUUUCUGAAGCCAUCGUUGGCAUGAUUUCAGUAUUUUGUAAUGAGCUUGUUCCCCCUUUUGCUUGGCCUUGAGCUUCAACUGCUCCUUAUCACUUGGCUGUCUGAGGAGGGGUGGGGGGGUCGUGUUCGAGGGAGGUUCGGAUAUACUGGGAGACCAUCGCAUUCGUCUCUUUUCAUGAUGGGUUGUGGUUACUUCUUUGGGGAGUGUGUGGGUUACAUUGUUAGCAGAAGGACUAUGUGCACAUGUGAUAACAGCUAUAAUCUGGGUGCCAGCGAGCAACAGUAUAUUUCUUGUGUUUCUUUCUGUUAAAACUUAAGUAGAUAUAUUUACAUAAUUCUGCAAAUCAGAUAACACGGUUAGUAUAAAACACAAAUUGAUAUUCUCGUAAACCAGUCGACUCUUAUGUAACGUGCUGCUCUAACCUCACUGACAAAUGAGAGCUUGCAGAAUACACACUUGGCUUGUCAGUGUUAUAAUUACCCUUGUUCACUCGGAGAAAAGGGUGGUCAGGCCAAUGGCUGCACAUGUAAGUGGGCCAGCAGGGAGCUGUAACUUAUAAUAAUGAUAAUACCAAUAAUAAUAAUAAGUAUAUUUAGUAUAGCAGCCUCUAUAGAGCAAGUGCUCUAUGAACAUAAAGCAAACAAUAAAACAUAAGCAACAACAGAACAUGAAAACACUCGACAGCAGGCGAGAGAAAGGCUAGUUUGAAUGAACGAGUCUUGAGCUGCUUCUUAAAGGUUUCAGCAGAGACCAUGAGUCUACAGGAAGAGUGUUCCACAGUGUCAGAGCCUCUGCUACGAAUGGAAGAUGUACGCUUGUGCCUGACAGUGCAGGGCUCUGAACAAGAACAUCCUGAACUUGGUGGGAAGCCAGUGUAAAAGCGUAGAAGAUGGGUGUGAUGUGAGUUGUUCUUCUGGACCUGGCCAGCUUUGCAGCAGCGUUCUGGACCAACGACUUGCUGAGGCAGGUGAAAAGGGAAUUACACUAAUCAAACCGGGAUGAUAGAUAUGCGUGAAUGAUAUUCUGCAGUUCAGGUUGUGAUACAACAGCCCUGAGUUUGCUGAUGUUUCUUGAGUGGAAGAAACAAGAACAGGUCAGUGAUUUUAUAUGUUGUAUAGCUUAUAGUCUCCAUGAAACAAACAGACAGGCAUAGCCUGGCGUCCUGUUGUGAUUUUACAGUAGUUUCAUUGCAGACGUAUGUCUCAGCAAAAGAGCAUUCAUUGAACCAACAAGCCAUCUAUCUACAGGUUAUGGUGCAAAAAACUGCUGUGCCGAAAUAUUAUACACCAUAUCCUGUGAACAGUUCCUGAUCCAGAUGCACACACAGAUUCAGACGUCAGAAGUCAUUUGGUCUAAAGUUUACCAGGAACGUUUUAAAAUGUCAAACCAUGUGACGAGUAACAUUCAUAUCAUCUCCUUCAAUAAUGGCCGUUCGAGGAUAUUUUACCCUUGGUAUGUGAAAUCUCAUCUGUGAAUCUGAUACAGUUGAAUAUCAGGUGACGAUGCUGAGUUGUUGAAUCUGUUAAUGUCAGGUGACAUUAGAUGGUAGUGGCAUUUCACAGUGCUGGCUGCUGUGUCUCUGCAUCUGUAUCUUGUACAUUUAGUUAAAAAGACAGAGAAAGAACAAACAAAUACAGGCCGACUUUUUCUUAAAAUGUCCAAUUUGGAUAAAUGUCUUUGUUCUCAAUUUAUUGUAGGCCUUUUCUUUAUUAAUGUCUUUUUAUUACCCAGAUGGUCUGAGUCUGAUUCCACUUAAUAUUUACAAUUAAACAAAGGCCUACAGAGAAUUUGGCCAUGUACAUUUAUUUUCAUCAUCUUUUGUUUGUUGUCAUUAAAAUGUCAGAUGCAUUUGCGUAUGUUUUCUAUUUUUACAGACGUGAAGUAGUACUUAGUAGACCGAUUUAGCAUUGCACUCAUACAACAUCAUGAUGGGAAAGAUCCAUAGCUGCCAUCUUUUUUUAUUCCAUGUGUUUCUUUUCUUUGUCAAAACCUGGCACCUGCAUUGCCCACAAUGCAACUCAACUAGUGAUGGUUCAGUCAGCUUCAGGUGUGCAGCUUGGUUGCUACUGUAGUGUUGAGAUGAGUCAGUUUAUCCGACUGUACUGCUUUUAUGCAGUGGGACUUCCUAAGACCCGUAAACAGACUGGAAAUAUGUGUUCCCCUUUAAUGUUACUUCAAGAUUUAAAGGUACAGUGUGUAAGAUUUAGUCCCAUCUAGUGGUGAAGUUUCAGACUGCAACCAACUGAAUACCACUUGCCUCACCCUUCCGUCCCAAACAUGAACGAUAAACUACAGUUUAUCGAUUAACUUACUGUUUGUCCAUUCUGGGUAUGUAGAAACAUGGCAGUUCUCCACAGAA